AAAAAAUAAAAGAGAAAAAACGAAAUAAAAAUGGUGUUCCAACUAUUGCAGCGUUCUUCUGUCCGGGCUGUGCAACAGUUUGGCAAAACACGCUGGAUCAACACAUCCGUUAUGGCCCUUCAAGAUUAUCGCAUUGAAACCGAUACUUUCGGUGAACUGAAAGUACCAAGUGAUAAAUACUAUGGCGCCCAAACAAUGCGUUCCCAAAUUAAUUUCCCCAUUGGUGGACCCACGGAACGUAUGCCUAAGCCUGUCAUUCAAGCCAUGGGUAUCUUGAAGAAAGCCGCCGCCGAGGUCAACAAGGAAUUCGGUUUGGAUCCCAAGAUAAGUGAAGCUAUUUCAAAGGCUGCUGAUGAUGUGAUCUCAGGAAAGCUUUAUGAUGAUCAUUUCCCAUUGGUUAUUUGGCAAACCGGUUCCGGUACCCAAAGUAACAUGAACGUCAACGAGGUCAUUAGCAAUCGUGCUAUUGAACUGUUGGGCGGCAAGUUGGGUUCCAAGGAUCCAGUCCAUCCCAAUGACCAUGUCAACAAAUCCCAAUCUUCCAAUGACACCUUCCCCACCGCCAUCCACAUCUCGGUUGCUUUGGAAUUGAACAACAACCUUAAACCCGCCAUUAAAAUCUUGCACGAUGCCCUCAAGGCCAAGUCUGAGGAGUUCAAGGACAUCAUUAAGAUUGGCCGUACCCACACCAUGGAUGCUGUUCCCCUGACAUUGGGUCAAGAAUUCAGUGGAUAUGCCCAACAAAUGGCCUAUGCCUUGGACCGUAUUGAUGCCUGUUUGCCACGUGUCUAUGAAUUGGCCUUGGGUGGUACUGCUGUCGGUACUGGUCUCAAUACCCGUAUUGGUUUUGCCGAAAAGUGCGCUGCCAAAAUCGCCCAAUUGACCGGAUUGCCUUUUGUCACUGCCCCCAAUAAAUUCGAAGCUUUGGCUGCCCGUGAUGCCAUGGUGGAAGUGCAUGGUGUUUUGAAUACCAUUGCCGUAAGUCUCAUGAAAAUCGCCAACGAUAUUCGUUUCUUAGGCUCGGGUCCCCGAUGUGGUUUGGGAGAAUUGAUGUUGCCCGAAAAUGAGCCUGGUAGCUCUAUUAUGCCCGGCAAAGUCAACCCCACCCAGUGUGAAUCCAUGACCAUGGUUGCUGCUCAAGUUAUGGGUAAUCAAGUUGCUGUCACUGUGGGUGGUUCCAAUGGUCAUUUCGAAUUGAAUGUUUUCAAGCCUUUGGUUGUUUCCAAUGUUUUGCGUUCCAUUCGUUUGUUGUCUGAUGGAAGCCGCACCUUCACUGCCAACUGCGUACAAGGUAUCCAAGCCAAUCGCGAUCGCAUUAACAAAAUCAUGAAUGAAUCCCUGAUGUUGGUUACCGCCCUGAAUCCCCACAUUGGUUAUGAUAAGGCCGCCAAGAUUGCCAAGACUGCCCACAAAAAUGGUACCACCCUUAAGGAGGAGGCCAUUAAAUUGGGUUAUCUAACCGAAGAACAAUUCGCUCAAUGGGUCAGACCACAAGAUAUGUUAGGCCCCAAGUAAAUGUU